AUGCCUGGCAUCCAAAGUGAUCUCGCCGCUUUGGCUAAGAGCUUCGAAGCGAACCAGAAGAAGGUUGAGAAGGCCAGGGAGAAAGGGCCGAAGGGGGCGGAGAAACUGGCCGCUGCCAUUUCCGCCGCAGAGGAGCUUAGAGAACAAUGGGAUUCAAGGGCACCGUUUGUGUUUGAGCAACUUCAGGCAGCGGACGAAGGCCGAGUAAAUCAUCUCCGCGACACGCUAACUCAAUUGCAAACGCAUGAAUCGGACCAGGUGGAACGGUGUCGCCAGGCUGCCGAGAGCUGCCUAAAUGUGCUUCUCAAUGUUGAGACUGCGGAUGAGAUCAAGACAUUUGCCGCCAAAGUUAAUGGAGGCAGGCCUGUUGCUCCCAGGAGGCAAGAAUCGAUACCCUCUGGCGGGCCAGGAGCACCUCUUGCUCCUCCGCCACGCAUUCAGGACGAUGCUGCUAGUCAACGCUCGGAGACUUCGGGCCCUGUCCGGACACCUCCUGGUAAGUCUUCACUCCAUCAUUCACAUAGAAUGUUUGCCAACCAUGGCUGUGUCGUAGCUCCAGAGCCCCGUACCACAGCCCUAGGUGGACUCAAGCGACUAGGAACUGUCAUGGGCAGAAGGAAGAGUGUAGUACACACCCCUGGAGGAGGGCCACUCUUCGGAGACAAGAAGCAUCGCAGCCCGUUUGCUUCAUUCAAGCGGGGAGAUUCACGCGAGAUGCAGAUACCCGAAUCCCCUACGGGUACGGAUCGUCCCGGUACCGCUCUGACUACUCAGGAUAUCCAUGGCGAAGCCGCACCGAUCCCAAGUGAGAUCCACGAGCGAGGGCUUCCUGGUUCACUGCCGACGAGCCCAGAACCUCUGCAAACACCAGCGACCACGAAUGGGGGAGUAACUCAAGAGGUUCACAAUGAGCCGACACCGGCUGCUGCUGUGACUGCGAACGAGCAAGCUCAACACAGCGGAGUCAGACGGAACGCAGGCACCAUACGUGGUCGUCGCGAUGUUCGUAACACAGUUUUCAUUCCGAACCCCCCGGGUUCGAGCAAUGGGCUCCCUAUCCCGCCAACGGGGUCGGAUGUUUCUACUCCGACGUCACCAAGUCUGCCUACGAGGCAUGUCAAUUCGCCCAGCACCGCUACAGAUGAUCAUGCGCUCUCAGAUACAACGUCUAUUCGCUCAUCACACACCUUACACAACAUCUCUGGCCCAGUUUCCCAUCCUGAUCUGCACCAACCUGGGCUGAAUGCAUCGAUCGUAGAAACAGUCAGUGCGUGGUUCUCUGAGGGCGCUGUGACCAAGUCCUUCGUUGUAGGAGAACUUGCACUGGCCUAUAAUGCAUCGAGUGGAACGACGCCGGAGAACGCGCGCGUUCGUCUUGAUAAUUUCCAGGUAUUGGAGAAGGUCGCUGCCAACCCACAUUUUGUACAGGAAGAGAAGGGCUCAGGGGACGAGAAGAGAGGACAGUAUAGCGUCCUCCUCUCUAACAUCACACGGUCUUCACCGACCGUGGCUUUCAAGUACCAAGUUCACAUCGAUCAGUUGGAAGCUUCGAUUUACUGUCCCGUGAUUUUUAAACCUGCGUGGAAUCUCGAAGAGUUCCAGGCAAGCGUGAUCAUCUUCUACUCUAUGAAUUCCUCAUUUGCCUCGUCGGUACCAAGAGAAUCAAUCACCAUCAAGAACCUCACAUUGACUGUGAACUUGGACACCUCUCCUGAAGAAGGCCGCGAGCCGGCUCAUGCCACGAGUGCUGUCAUGUAUCCCAAUUCUGGGGCCACCUUCCGUCGCAAACAGUCAGCCGUCACUUGGAAAAUCCCGGAACUUGAAGUACGCACCGGAGCUGACGGAAAGCUACUUGUUCGGUUUGCGACUUCAACCAGCUGGCCACGGAAAGGCAAAGUGGACGCGAAAUUCGAGCUCCAGACAGCAGACGCUGGCUCCCGCUUGGGGAUUAGUACCAUGUCUCAGCACGAGGACACGCCGCAGACGGGAACCGAUCCUUUCGCAGAUGAAGAUGGCAGUCUGCAAGCAUCUGAUUCCCUGUCCACGUCAUGGGAAGAAGUACCCACAGUCCGCAAGCUGGUGGCUGGCAAAUACGUGUCAUAUUAA